AUGACUGUUAAAAUUGCUUCAUGGAAUGUUAGAGGAUUGAAUGAUCCCUCUAAACAAAAAGAAGUUAAGAGUUUUGUGUCUAAAGAAAAUUUUCAUGUCAUGGGAAUUUUGGAAACUAAAAUAAAGCAAACCAAUGAGAGGAAAAUUUGUGAAAAAUGCUUUGGUAAAUGGUCUAUGCUCUCAAAUUCACAACCAACUGAAACUGGGAGAGUCUGGGUGUGCUGGAACAAUGAUUUUUGUGAUCUUCAACUGAUUUCCAUGUCAAAUCAGCAUAUUUUGUGUAAAAUCCUUGACUUGGCUACAAAUGAAUAUUUUUUUGCUGUUUUUGUCUAUGCUGCAAAUAAGCACACUUUGAGGAAAGUAUUCUUUGAUACAAUGUUUAAUAUCUCCCAUGCUAAAUCCAAAGUUCCUUGUAUUUUUUUGGGUGAUUUUAAUGCUAUAAGAUACCAACAGGAAAAAAUUGGGGUUUCUCCUACCUGGACUUCUGAAAAUGAGGAGUUUAAUACUUAUAUUAACGCAUCUGAAUUGGCUGAUCUAUCUUAUGGUGGAUGCCAAUUCACAUGGGCUAAUAAAAGGAGUGAGGGAGCUUUCAUAGCGACCAAGAUUGACAGAGUCCUGGUUAAUGAGGCCUGGCUGGAUAAGUUUCCUGAGUCUACGGCUACUUUUCUCCCGGCUGGUAUUUCUAAUCACUCAUCUGUUGUGGUCAACAUCAGUGUUAACAGUAGCUCCUUUAAGAAACCUUUCAAAUACUUUGACUUCUGGUCUCAACACCCAGAUUUUCUUAGUACUGUUUCUAAUACCUGGUCUUCGUGGUGUCCCUAUGUUCAGAAUUUGUCAGAAGCUGAGACAACUCAAAGUCAGUCUUAA